UUGGGUUGUCAUUUGGCACUGAAAUUUUCACCUGUUAGAUCAAAUCCAACUAUUCCUAACCCUACUCCUACUGGAAAUAGUUUUUACAAUCACUGAACGCCUAGCACAUUUGAUAUUGGCUGGUACCUGCGAGUUAACUUAAAGAGCUUGAGCUACAGUAUAGACAGGAAAUUGGAACUUUCACAGCUCAAAGUCUUUUCCCUGAGCCUCGUUGCUGUUUUCAUUGAAAUUCAAGAUGGAGAAGUUGCUGCAGGGUAUUUUAAAGUUCAGAAAUCUUGUGCGACCUUCCAUGCUGCCGCAACUAGAAAAACUCGCUCAUAAAGCCCAGCCACGUAUGCUCCUAAUUACUUGUAUGGACAGCCGUUUGUGUCCGACCAGUUUUACUCAAGCAGAUCCUGGGGAUAUGUUUAUCAUGAGAAAUGCUGGAAAUGUUGUACCGCACAAUCAGCUGUUUGGAGAAAACCAACAAAGUGUGCUUUCAGAAAGAGCAGCUUUGGAGUUAGCAGUUUCCACUGGAGUCAAAGACAUAGCAGUUUGUGGACAUUCAGACUGUAAGGCAAUGGACUGCCUGUACCACAUGUAUGACACCACAGACAAAGAGAAGCAAGAUUCUGAAACUUCUUGGGUAGCAAGUUGGCUCAGACGGUAUGCACAAUCAUCAUUAACAAAGUUUGAGAAGCUUGGGGUUCCUAUGGAUGGCAGUUCUAAGGAGAAAGAUAACUUAGAGAUAAUGUUUGAUAAAGAAAAGGAUAUGUCUGAUGUUGAUAAGCUUUCGCAGGUAAACGUGAUUCAACAAAUGCAAAAUAUAAAAUCAUAUGGAUUUGUAAGAAACAAACUUAAUGAAGGUUCACUUCAACUUUAUGGCCUCUGGUUCAACAUUGGUAAAGGUGAAAUGCUCAUGUAUUCAAAGACUCACAAGAGAUUUGUUCUCAUAAAUGAAAAAACCGCAUUAUCUAGUUAAUGAAGGAGGUUGUUUGGGUUUGACCAGUACUGGAAGUUUUUACCCUUAACACCCAGAAGUGAUUAAUAUACAACUUCUCCCUAUACAAUCCAUACAUUAGCCAACAAAUGGUUACUGAGAAUAUUCAAACUAAUCAAGUGGAAAUUGUUCUCUUGAUCUAACUCCAAAUUCUUGUAACUUAUUUACAGGGAUAUGUGUAGCAGAUAGAGAGGAGAAUUAACAUUCAGUUAUUCUAGAUUCCUAUAAAAGUCAGAAAUGAAAUGAUAAAAUGAAAUAAUUUUGAGUGAUAGGGUUGGACUGGGAGUAACAGGGGGGAGGGUCUGUCAGUAGGGGGGGAGGGGUUUGUCAGUAGUGCUCCCAGUACUUUACAAAUUGAAAUAGUCUCUAUCAUGUCAUUUAAGGCGUUUUUUGCCACCCAUUCUAUCAGAACUCAAAGCUGUUAUUUAGAAUAAGACAGUAAGAAUUCCUCAUUAUUUAUAAAAUUGAGUCAGUGAUUGAUAAAUCAUAGGGUCUACAGAUACAGUGUAUGAGUUCAAUUUGACUCAGUCUGAAAAAGAAUAAAUUUUCGUACAUGUUCAAAAAUCAAAGAGAGAUAAAAGGACAAA